AUGGCCCACCUCGUCCUGGCCCUUCUUUGGGGCGUCAACGCGGCGCCCGUGCUUCGGAGCUGCCAUGACGCCGACUGGCGAUUUGCCUUUGGGAAGUGUCGCGAGGACACCCGCAAUGUCUACCCCUACGUACGCUUCUGCAAGCCCGAUGCGCCGGUGGCACCCCUGCUGGAUGUGCCCUGCAAACAGAGCUGUCCGGCAGGACAACACCUAGGGGUCAAGAUGAAGAAUUCCAGAGCGCAGCUGCAAUGUAUCGACUGCCCCGCUGGGAAGUUCUCUCUUGGUGGAGGUUUGCUGAUUUCUGGUGUGGCCGGCGACUGGCACAAGAGCUGGCCGGUUGGCCUGCGCAGUAGCUGCUCUUAUCAACUUCCAGACGGCAGCAUGCAGCAUGGGAAAGGUAGCACUACCGGCCUCAGUGGCACAUGCGAAAUGCAAAUCUUGGCACCCGAGGCAGUCGCCGGAAAGUACCUGAUCCGCGCCCUCCUUCCCGCCCGCCCCGCGCGGGCUGGGCGUCUGCAAGCGCCCGUGGCGCGGUUGCUGCUGGCGCCGGGGGAUCGACGCCUCUGUACCCGCCCCAAGCGAUCGGAGCUCUCUGCUUUUGGGCACCCGCGGCUCUUGCAGUCGAAAACACGGCAGCGGCCGAUGAAUGGUCGCGGGCCCGGUGGUCCACAUGCGCAGGCAGCGCCGCUCUUCCGGCACUUUUGGCUGUUGGCGGUGAUGGGCGGUUGCCCCAUCAGCACCAAAGCCAGCGCGGCGGCAGCCAUUGGCGCAGAAGGUGUUUUGCUCGCAGCUCCAGCUGCUGUGGCCUUUGGUGCGGGCGACAUGUACCGGCCGCCGAACCGCAGCGGCACGCGAAACAUGAACCUCACACGCCUGGCAGCGAGCUUUGUGAUGCUGGAGGAUCGGGAUUCUCAACUGCUGGCCUCGGGCAUUAGUACCUUGCAGGAAGGCAUCCUGAUCAACAACACGGCGAUGCACGCCUGUGCUGCGGUGAAGCCGGCAGCACGGCGGCCACGGACGCCGGUGACGCCAGGGCUGGGCGCGGAGCCCGUAGAGUUCGGUUGUGAACCUUGGGUCCCGGAUGAGUUGGGCACAAGUAUCCAUUCAGGAGAGAACCGCAACUUCAAUCGAGUUGUUUCCACGCUGGAGCUCAUGGUCAACAUCGUCCGCGAGCACGGCUACGUUCUCUUCCGGUACCAGGUCGACAGCGAGGAGGGCUACGAUGGGCUCCGCUUUGAGGUCGAUUGGUCCGAGGCACUGCCCCAGAUUUCGCGCCAAUUGACCUGGCGGGAGCUUCGGGUGAACCUGACGCAAGGUUCUCAUUUUCUUCGGUGGCAGUAUGUCAAGGACUCCAGCGAUGCGGGUGGCAUGGACCGAGCUCAGCUGCAGCUGGUUCAAGUAAUUGGCACCUCUUUCUCCGAUUUGGAGUGCUUCCACUGCCACGGGAGCGGAACACAUAGUGCCGGUGGUGCCGACCACUGCAAUGCUUGCGGUCCCAAUCAGUACUUAGUGCACGAUGGGGCGGAUCUGUCACAAUGCAGGCCAUGCCCGGCGGGCCGCUGGUCUAUGCCCGGGACCGUGGGAGUUGGAUCCUGCAUGGCCUUGAGGAAUUGCACUGAACGCGAUGUCAAGGUUUCGCUCACGACCUGCAUCAAGGGCAAACAGCAACAGAAGAGGAGUUGGCUGGAGCCCGUUCGUUGCGACGUGAACGCCACAGGAGCUCAUUCUCUCUUGAGCUCGGGCAAGAUUCAGCCUUGCACGGCCUGCGAACCCAACACUGCGCGAGCCAGCAGCGGUACGGGUGCUUGCAGGCCGAAAAGCCUCACCUGUCCAGCUGGUGAAUUCUCCGUCACCCAACUGGUGCUGGAAAACUGGGACGAGUGGCCUCUGAACUUAUCACAACAGGUCAUCACCGCCACGGGAGAGGAGCUGGGGAAUGACACCAUCCCAGGCGGAUGGAAACUGCGACCCAACCAGGAAGCUGGAAUUGGCAUAGAACGGUUGAUCUUGGGCGAGUUGGAAAGUCGUCUCCACUUGGAUGUGAAAGUCCUACUGUCGCCUGGACGCUUGGAGUUUAUACUGGAGGUGAGUCCGCAAAGCGAGUGGGGCAGCGAUGUUCAGUUCCUGCUGGACAACGUGGAAGCCUCGCAUGUCUACGGCUUGCAGAUGAAUAGGAGCUCAACCCCUCGGCAAUGGAGGCGUAUCCAGGUGUCUGCUCCGCUCUACCCGGGGCUUCAUCGGCUCACGUGGAGAUGUCUGUAUCCCGUUCAAGGGGAUACCUCGAAUUCUGCGGUCCGCUUGAAGCGCGUCAGUGUGGAGGGUGUCGAGGGUGGAGGUGCCAUCAGAUGUCAGGGCUGUCCACCAGCCCAAGAGGUUGUUCGACCAGAAGGGACCAGCUGUCAAAGUUGCCGGGCGGGCUUCUACUUCAAGGAGGCAACUCGCCGAUGUCAGAUUUGCCCUCCAGGCUUCUUCGCUGCAGCUCCAGGGGCGACGCAGUGCACGAAAUGUCCCAAAGGCACCUACAGCGUCUUUGGAAGGACCUGCACAGCCAAGGUGAUGCUGACAGCAACGGACAAGGCCUCCAAGGCUCACGCCGCCGAGCAGGCCAAGACGAAAACACCACCCCAACAGGUGGUGUUUAAUGCCUCCGCGGCCAUUCAACAUUGGAAGCAAACCACCACCGGCCUCAACGGGCCCUUCUUGGUGGCCGGUCGCAAGUUCUUGAUCGACGUGGAGAGGCCCAUCGAGUCAGAUGAGGGACAGGCCUUCUUCUGGGAACUUCGGAAUCAGGCAUGCGGCAGCAACGUCAGCAGUUUGAUGUCCAUUACGGCUCCUGUGGCAGCGCCCCAAGCUCUUGCUACUCCCAUCGGCAUUUACCUUUCAGCCGUGGAGGCAGUGGCCAACGAGAACGUCCGUGGCGUUCGCUUUUCCUGGGUGAAGAGUCCAGGAGCUGCGUUCAUCAACACGACCAACCCUUUCGAUCUCAAGGCGACUCUGAAGAACAUCGUGGCGUGUCCCGCCGGUAUGGCCGCACCUGCAGAGGCUCUGCUCUCCGCUUCGUUGCUGCUGCGCUGUGAUGCCACCGCGCCCCUGAAAUCUUUGGCGCGAAAGGAUGCCAACGGUAAUAUUCACCUGGACGGUCUUCGCGUAGCAGGCAGUGCCCUUCCAAAAAUCUUCGGUUGUGGACGCCUUGACUUGGAGUGGCCCACGUUGAUGGCAUGUCCUCCCUGCCAAGUUCAGGAUUUUGCUGCCCAACGAACCGCCUGCGACAACACCGGUUGGCGCACGGUGAGUUUCAAGCAAAUGAGGCCAUGUGUUGGCGGCAUGCGCGCCCCGCCGGGCUAUCAGGAGACGUGCGAUGGCAAGGACGUGAGGAGUGUGGUGAAGGGCAUGGGACAGGCUCAGCCCAAGAAGGGCAAGGGCACCAAACAAGUACAGGAACCUCCGCCGACCAAAGUCAGUGCGCCUAGCAGGGCUCAACGAUGGCAGUGGCAGGUGGUUGCAGCCCUCGCUGGUUGCAGCAGCGAAUCCGAAGCCGAAGCCGCCAUCCUGCAACCCUUGGACGAGGAGCUUCAACUGGCUUCCGAAGGCGAUCUGUUCGCGGAGGUGGAGAAAAUGAUCUUUCAUGGUUGGUGGAACGCCUCGCGUGCAGCGGUGCUUCAGGGCCGAAAAGAAAGGAUUGAUCUGACUGCUCCAGUGCGGCGCUCUGUGGCGGAGGUGAAGCAACAAGCAGAGGAACUGCUGAGAUGGCUGGAUCCCAACUACGCCCAUCCUGCGCCAACACUGAUGGCCUUUCAAUGGGCUCAAAAUGCUUCUGCAGUGACUGUUGCAGCCAGAUUUGCCCAUAAAUGGGAGGCACCAGGCGCCAACCUGGCAGUAUACUCCACAGACAAAGGUCAAGGACAUGUGAACAAGGAGCGUACGGAGGCCUUGGUCAAGCAACUGCUGACCGUGUCCAUGGUGAACCACACCGUGGAGGCUGAAAUCCUGGCCAAGGUGCAGAAUAGUCGGAAGCGUUUCACGCUCUCCUUGCGGCUCUUUGAUGAGACGGUCCCUGAUGCGUCAGGCUGGUCAGUGGUCUUUCGCAAAGCGGCCGGGAGCAUGCAGAUGAGCCGCGGUGCAGAGAUCCCGGAGCUGCACUUCCAGAUGCGGAAACGCUGGGCGGAAGAUUGGCCAUGGCUUCCAGUUCGCAAACUGCCACGCCUCACUCGCGAGGAUGGCCUGGAACCUGGUGCACCUGGCAAGAGGUUAGAGAGCAGCCUGACCUGCCGAGAAUCUGCUAGUUUCUAUUGCCCUUCAAGCAAGUCCUGUGUGGCCGUGUGCUCCAGUUGUCAGGACUUUCCACGAGAAAAACUUCGAUGUACUCAGGAUUUGAGUUCUUUGCAGGCUGUCCGGACGCCCAUGGAGGCCAGCUUUCAAGAUGAGGACCUAUCUCCCGCUUCUGUGGCCGGACUGGUUCGUUGGAACUUUUCUGCUGAACUCUUGCAGGCUGAGGCCUUGGCCCUCUGCUGGGCGCCAUCUCAAGAGUCCAAGGAGCGCCAGGGGGCCUCUUUGGUGACGUGGAGCAGCCAACUGGCAGAUGACCAGCCUUCCUUGCAUGUCCCGAAUGGUACAUCCUUGAGGGCUGGCCAACACUUCAGCUUAGUGGUCCUAGAUGGGCUCCCUACACAGGAAACAGAUGACAUGUGCCAAGAGAAUGUGGUUGCCACGGCAGUUGUGCAAGACCAUUGGAAGCCGCAAAUUCUUUCAGCAAAGCUGCAUUUUCAGGAUGUUGCACCCAAAGAGAUGCAACUGAUGGGAGACGUUCGACUGCACUUUGAGGCCAAGCCUGCAGCAAUGCCCACUGCUGUGCUGCUUCGCUGGGGCGGUCAAAGUGGCCCAAAGGGCCCCAGGUCGUGGAGGCUCCUCGGCGAGUCGUGGACUUCGUGGAGGGAUAUCUCGGAUGAGCUGGAGAUGGUGGGUGAAACAAAAGUCAUCAGGGAAUUGCUCUUCCAGGGGGUUCCUGUCAGGAAGAGCACAGGCACUUCAGCCAUGAAACUCUUCCGACAACUGGAUCGGGACCGAGACGGUUUCAUGGGAAAGUCGGAACUCUCCGGGCUGCUACUGGCCUUCGACAAAAAGUGCCGUGCUGCCGUACUGGCUGAGGCAUUCCGGCGAUUUGGUUUGGAUCAGAAACCUUGCAUCAGCGAGGAGAUGUUCAUUUCUUGCUGGGAAGUAGCAGAAGAAGCUUUUGAGGAACCUGGGCUUCCCAUGCAGUUCUGCUGGAUGCCAGGACCUCCAGGACGGAGGCUGCACAGAGAUGAGUCAGCACAGCUUUUGGAGCUGGUUCAAUCCAACGUAAAGAAUGUGCCGAUGGAUAGCAACGACCUGGAGUUUUUAAUCCCAGGACAUCCAGAAGCCGUUUGGGCACGAGAAAUGUACCUUUCCUACUAUGAGAAGCACACUGAACGGCUGGAGGGUCUGAUGCACAGGGCACAAGCUGCGCAUUCGCACGCAAGAUCCAAGGAGGCCUUCUACUUCUCCCUGUUGGACGAUCAGUGUGCAAUGAUCUCCUCUGAGUUUUAUGUGUGGCGCAUUCGCAGCCCAGGUUUGCUGAACAGCUACCUCCAUCGCCGUGAGAGCGAGGGACCGCGAGCAGAGCAAUUGGCCUGGCACGGGGCCAGUGGAGACCUUCAUCAACAAGCCUUGCAAGGAGGCGAGCUGCGGCCAUCGGGACAAAUGCUGAAUGGUCUACAGCCCUGGAUGUUGGCGUCACAGCCCAUGCAGACGUUUGGCAAAGGUCCCGAGUGGACUGUUUUCUACCUCUGCCUCGUGCGUGUGAAAGAAUCCGAGAUGACCCGCUCCUCAAUGGUCUUCGAAGAUGGCCGGGUGCUCCCGCCCGAUUUUUUGUUGGGGCUCUACUGCUUGGUGCAUCCGUCUAUUUGGCAUACCUGGCCUUCUGGUGAGUGGCCUUAA